AUGAAGUCUGAAAACAAACAAGUAGCUUGCAAAAUAAAAUUAGCCCAAAGAUCUAAUAGCUUGAUAUUGACAGGCUGUAACUUAUUCAAAAUCCCCGAUAAAGUAUGAACCCUUGUUGAUUUAUUAAGGCUCGAUUUAUCAUUUAACAAUAUUGACGUCCUUCCUCCCGAAGUCUCAAACUUAACAAAGCUAAAAGAACUCUGCCUAAAUGAUAACCCUCUCAGAUCAAUCCCUCCAGAGCUUUCAAAAUGUCCCCAUAUCCGAAUUUUAGAUUUGAGCAGGACACGCAUUCAAACUCUUCCAAGAGAUUUAGCAAUGAUCCCAGCACUCGUAGAGCUAAACCUAGACAGAUGCCCUCUUAAACCAAGCCUCCAAAUCGUUUAUGAAAGAGGAAUUUUUGAUCUCUGGGCACAUCUAAAACGAAAACUUGACAGAAGAAUAUACAAAGAACAAGUUUUCAGCACAUUAAAAGAAAGCAUAUACCCAGGAGAAGAUGUCAGGGCUAUAAUGGAGCUUACACUAACGCUUUUCGACCAUUUUAAAGAUCUAAACACAGAAGCAUUGAAACUGUUUGUGCAUAACCUUAGAAGAAUUUUUCCUGAAAAAAUGGGAUACGCAUCCCCUAUCAAGAUAAGGGAAGCUUUUGAUAGAAUCCAACAAGAUUUACUGAGACGUGGAGAAGUGUCUAAGCUGACUGUAAAAUUGAAGGUGAAAUAUCCUCAAGCUGAUAUUGACUAUAUCUCAAAAUUAGCUUUAUCAUUAACAAACAGCUUAUCUAAGCGAGAAAUCGGAGCCUUAUUUAAAGAAAAUUUGUUGCCUGAAGAUUUUGAUGAGCUAGAUAUAAGCACAAUUAAUAACUCAUUAGGGACUUACAAAGAAAGACAAGAAGUCGAGCUGAAUAAAGGGAGGAUUAAUUUGACUGCGAAAUUUAAAAAUCUUUAUCAAGAUGAAUAUGCAGCCGAUGAAAUUGAAAGGCUGUCUAGCGAGCUGGGAGAACAAUUCACGUCUCCGGAGAGGCUAAGGAAAUUUAUACAAACUGCGGAUAAUUUUCUUCCAAAAAACUUGGGUGAGUUCAAUUCGCAGACGAUAAAGAAUAAUUUCAUUAUGACUAUAACUAAAAAAUAA